UAACUUUGUGUGUGAGGAGAGCGAGCCUCCCGACUCCAGCCGCCCAGCAUGUGAACCGACGCUCUGCGUGAAGCGAAGUCGAAAACCGUGGAAAUACAAACCUUUCGACUUUCCAGCGCUCCUCGUUUUGUGCCAAAGUCGCGCCGCUCAAGUGUUAAAGACGCUGGAAGAAUUUGGGGCUGCGUUUCCCCCCCAGAAAACGGGACUUUUAAGUGUUUUUUUCUCCAGCGGCUCGGGAGUGAGAGUGGACUGCUUGGAGUCACUUACAAAGACCAUUAAGAAGUCAUGACACGACGAACGUUUCACUUGGAUUUAUCUUCGUGAAAGACGAGAGAAAAGUCGACCACAGCCAUUUUAACUCCAAUUACUCGGACUGUGAGCUAAGUAUUGGGACAAUUGCUGCACAUUUUCUCGCGUUUUCGCUCGUUUUUAAGUUGCCCUACUUGGAUCAAAGUUUUUCCUUCCCUCCCCCCUCCUCCUCAACUAUGGCGGCGGCCAGGUUCACCACUGGCUCCGUGUUGCUGCGGAUCAUGUGGCUGCUGUGCGGGCUCUCUUUCUCACCCGCUUCUGCUCAGCACUACAACAGCGAGAGCGGAAUAUCCGUCCCGGAACACGGCUUCUGCCAGCCCAUCUCCAUCCCGCUCUGCACCGACAUCGCCUACAACCAGACCAUCAUGCCGAACCUCCUGGGCCACACGAACCAGGAGGACGCCGGGCUGGAGGUGCACCAGUUCUACCCGCUGGUGAAGGUCCAGUGCUCUGCGGAUCUCAAGUUCUUCCUGUGCUCCAUGUACGCGCCGGUGUGCACCGUGCUGGAGCAGGCCAUCCCCCCGUGUCGGUCCCUGUGCGAGCGGGCACGCCAGGGAUGCGAAGCCCUGAUGAACAAAUUCGGCUUCCAGUGGCCGGAGCGGCUCCGCUGCGAGGCGUUCCCCGUCCACGGAGCCGGAGAGAUCUGCGUGGGCCAGAACACAUCCGAACCGGGCAGCCCGGCCUCCUCGUCGUCUCCCUACGCGCCCGACCCUGUGACCCUUCCCCCCAGCAUGGGCAGGCCGAACCAGCGCCCGCCCCAACACAACCAGUACCACCAGUUCUCAUGCCCGCUGCAGCUGGAGGUGCCCACCUAUCUGGGCUACAGAUUCAUGGGGGUCAAAGACUGCGGGGCCCCCUGUGAGCCCACAAAGCCGACCGGGAUCAUGUACUUCAGGGAGGAUGAGGUGAAGUUCGGCCGCCUGUGGGUCGGCAUCUGGUCCAUCCUGUGCUGUGUGAGCACAUUGUUCACUGUGCUCACCUACCUGGUGGACAUGCGGCGGUUCCGAUACCCGGAGCGGCCCAUCAUCUUCCUGUCGGGCUGCUACUUCAUGGUGGCCGUGGCCUACGCUGCGGGGUUCUUCCUGGAGGACAAAGUGGUUUGCGUGGAUAAAUUCAAGGUGGACGGCUACAGGACUGUAGCUCAGGGCACCAAGAAGGAGGGCUGCACCAUCCUCUUCAUGGUGCUCUACUUCUUUGGCAUGGCCAGCUCCAUCUGGUGGGUGAUUCUGUCCCUGACGUGGUUCCUCUCCGCCGGGAUGAAAUGGGGUCAUGAGGCGAUCGAAGCCAACUCGCAGUACUUCCACCUGGCUGCCUGGGCGGUCCCGGCCAUCAAAACCAUCACCAUCCUCGCCAUGGGCCAGGUGGACGGAGACGUCCUGACCGGGGUGUGCUUCGUGGGGAUCUUCAACGUGGACGCGCUGCGCGGCUUCGUGCUGGCCCCGCUGUUCGUCUACCUGUUCAUCGGCACGUCCUUCCUCCUGGCCGGCUUCGUGUCCCUGUUCCGGAUCCGCACCAUCAUGAAGCACGACGGCACCAAGACGGAGAAGCUGGAGAAGCUGAUGGUGCGGAUCGGCGUGUUCAGCGUGCUCUACACGGUACCGGCCACCAUCGUGAUCGCCUGCUACUUCUACGAGCAGGCCUUCAGGGAGCACUGGGAGCGGACCUGGCACAUGCAGACCUGCAAGCGCUUCGCCGUCCCCUGCCCGGUCCACAACUUCGCCCCCAUGACGCCGGACUUCACCGUGUUCAUGAUCAAAUACCUGAUGACCAUGAUCGUGGGGAUCACCUCCGGGUUCUGGGUCUGGUCCGGGAAGACUCUCCAAUCAUGGCGGAGGUUCUACAAGCGCCUUAGCAACGGUAACCAUGGAGAGACAACGGUGUGAGGUUCGGAGGAUUAAAAGGCACAGCGAGUUCUGGAUACAGCAGCCUGAAAAGGAGGUCAAAUAGCUUUCAUUUUAAUACUUUUGGAUGUAUUUUGUGAUUGGAGUUUUGUUUUUUUGUUUUGUUCCAGGUUGUGGCAGCGAUUCGGGCUUUUAGACAAACUUUUAUCUAUAUUCUAUAGAAUUUGGAUACAUUUUCUAUAUAUUUCUUUAUUUUUUUUUUGUUGUCAUCAAUCCUGGCUUUUGCAUCUUUGGAUUAUGAACUGGUGUAAAUGGCCAUACUGGUCCGUGGACUGCGAUGCCAGACUGGUGAAGUUACUUCUUCAUAUGAAACUCUCUGCGUAUUAUCGAUUAUAUCCUUUAUAUUACAGUUUGAAUGUACUUGCUGUCUGCUCUUCUGAGAGUUUGUCAGUUGGAAAACAGCACAGACUGAUGUGUCACACAGAGUUAGUUAAAGGUUGGAUCCGUGCUACAGCCUCUGACUGUGAAUUCAUCGAUUAAGGGUACCUGGACUACAUGAGUCGCUCUGCUUUUAGAUGAAAGACUGAAAAGCUUUAAUACACAUGUUAGAUUUUUGCAGAGUACAAUCUUGUCUGUUUUAUUCGGAGGAAUGCUUCAUCGACUCCGCCGUUGUCUGCCGAGUGGCUGCCCAGAAAGCAAAACCUUUUUUUUUUCUUCUCAUUUUUUUUUAGUUUUUUUAAAUGUCACACUGAUGAAUCUUUGUUCCUGUAUUGAAUGUUCACUCCGAAGGUGAAUGAAGUUACGUACUGGUUUGCACAGUUAUCCUAAGUGUUAGAAAUGACUGAUACACGGCAGAUUGACCUGGAUCUAACAUUUACAGAGACCACACACACACACACACACUCACACACACAACCUCCACUCUCUGUAAUUGAGACACAACAGCUCAUUGUUUGUCUCCGUGUGUGGUCUCUCAACUGUUGGGUUCCUCAUCAAAAAGACUUUUUAAGCCUUUAAGACACCCAAAGCACCAUUUCAGUGAUCCACAUUUAAUCCGCAGGAGUGCAAAUGGUUGCUCUGGACUUUUAAAGUUAUUUUAUCCUGGAUAAGGAUGACUGUACACAUCGUCGCCUAUACUCUGCUCAACGUUACUCCAUUUGCCUUACUCCCUAUUAAUUUCACUUGAAGUGUUACGUAGUUUUCACAAGCAGACUGAACAUGUUAGACUGUUUUGUUUUUUUUUGUUUUAAUUAUUGUUUUAGUGUCCGGGCGCGAGUCUUCGAACCACGGUGAAGCUGCAUGUGUGCUCUGCUUCUGGAAACAGGAGUGUUUGAUUUUCUAGUUAGGGAAAUGCCAGGACAGAGGUCAGAGGUCACGACCAUGUGGGAAUAUUUUUAUGUGCAGACAGACUGCGCAGUGUUCAGCAGAGGUCGAGUGUUGUAUCUGGGACAGAACCACCUCAGUAUAGCAGGUUAGAACAACAAAGUUCGCACAGAACACUCGCAUGACCUCAGCUAGUUAACCAGGUCAUUGAAGUCCAUUUUAAAACAGCAAGCUGCCAAAUAAAUGCUCUUAUAAUUGAAAUAAUACAGUUUUAGGAUUGCCGAUGUUGUUCUACUCGCUGAUGUGGUUUUGAAAAUUUUAAUUCAAGCGAGAAAACAGAAAGCUCAGACUGAUAAUCGUGCCCAAUGCAUCACUGAUGACAGCAGCGUGAACAGUGAGCAGUGAUUCAGUCCUUGUGCGAGGCCACCGCUGCUCGCAGCACUCUGGCUGUUUGAACUGAAUUAGGAAGUCACAGUUCACGUCUCAGACUAAAUAAUGAAAUCAGUAGCAGAUCCUGUGGGGAAACAGAAAAACAUGUUUUUAUUUUGACUGCGUCAGCUGCGAGGCAGCACAUGAUCGCCAGAAGGGUUUGUUUUUUGUCAUAUAGCACAUUUUCUCUGCAUCCAUCACAUAGUGAUCCUGAAUGGGAACACUGCAGCAGUGAGGCACAGCUCGCAGCACAAUGACCGUACACACUUGGCAUUCUAGUUAUCUUAGUUUCUGGAGCUGUGUCUCAAACCCACAUAAGAUUAAUACUAAAACAUGUACUUUAUACCAAUCUUCAUAGUAAACUUUAAAGCAGUUUGUAUAUAUAUAUUAAAAAAAAAAUCAGAUUUCCCAUGUGAAUGUACUACAUACCUCAGACCCUGGUUAGAGUUUAUUUGUAGGCGUGAGUUAGGAAACAGGUCAACGCUAAACACUACACUCAUCCACUACAGUUCUAGCUAACAGGGCAAAGUAACUCAGUGUUACGACCUUCAGACAGCGCCGACCCGCCAGCGCCAAUGGUACCAGACUGACUCGUUUAUGUUGUACUGUUAUCAGAAGGAAUACGAGUGUUUGUGUGUUUUUAUCAGAACAUAUGCAAACCACCAAGUAAACACAAACUCUGAUUUUAAAGGCAUAUUUGUAUUUAUGGGGGAUACUCAUUUUUUUUUUUUGUCUUUUUUACUUGUCUUUUUAUUUUUUAAUGAGAUAAGCCUGUUCUACGUGUACAGUUUGAAUAAAAGUGUUAAAGUUUGUAA